AUUCUUUCUAUUGGAAAACAUGGGUAAGUUUAAUUUAGUAUUUAAUGUGCUAAACAUGUUAGUUAUGUAAAGUAAGGAUUAGGGGCUUAAUUCCACUAUACAAGUUUGCUCCCCCAUAAAGCCAUGACCAAAUUUUUACGGUUCCUGUUCUUUUUGAUGCAUUUGUAGAUUAAACAGUACAUAUCAGAGAUUAGAAAGCUCCAAGAAUCUGAAGUAGAAAUCAAACUUUUUGGUAUAGGAAUUUGAACUAACUUAAAUUUUCUGGAAUUAGUUGGAAUCUCAAGCUUCCUGCAUUGUAUAUUUGUUAGUGAGAGUGAAGAAGGUGCAUUCGGAACUUCAGAUGUGUGGCCACACUUUACAAGAAUGAAUUGGUCGGAUAAGCCAAAUAGACUUGCUGGUUGCAAAUACUGUCCAAAGCAAUUGAAGUGUGCAUCUACUUCUGGGACUAGUAGUUUGAGAAGACAUUUGCAAAGAUGUAGAGUAUACCCGUAUAGUGAUGUUAACUUGAAGAGUAAUAGAACUCUUAGCGUUCAGGCAACUGGUGUUCAGGGUACUAGCAAUGCAUCUCCCUCUUUUGUAGCUCAAACAUAUGACCCAACUGUCUCAAGAAUGAAGCUUGCUAGAAUGAUUAUCAUAGACGAGUUAGCUUUUAGACAUGCUGAGCGUGAAGGAUUUCGUGAUUUUGUCUACUCACUAAGACCUGAGUUUCAUAUUCCUUCUAGAAUCACUGUAGCAAAAGAUUGUUUCAAGUUGUUUUUGGCUGAGAAGGAAAAGUUGAAAAGUUUCUUUACGCAAUCACAAAUCAGAGUUUGUCUAACAACUGAUAUUUGGGCAAGUAGACAUCAUCUGGAUUAUAUGAGUCUUACUGCCCACUUCAUUGACCAUGAUUGGAGGAUGCAAAAAAGGAUUAUCAACUUCUCUUCUAUUCCUAAUCACUCGGGUCAAACAAUUGGGAAGAUGGUUGAAAAACAUUUGCUUAGUUGGGGGAUUGAUAGGGUCCUAACUGUAACAGUGGAUACCGCAAGUUCUAAUGAUGUGGGCAUGUCAUAUUUGAAGAAAAGAAUUAACAACUGGAAGGGAAGUGUCUUGAAAGGACAACAUCUCCAUAUGAGAUGUUGUGCUCACAUAUUGAAUUUGACCGUGAAAGAUGGAUUAAAGGAUGUUGAUGAUUCAAUCUAUCGUAUUCGAUCGGCAGUCAGAUAUGUUAGAUCAUCGAACUAUAGGAUGCAGAGAUUUAAAACUUGUGCUCAUGAAGAGAAGUUAGAGACCAAAAAACUUGUAUGUUUAGAUGUGGAGACUAGAUGGAACUCUACUUUCAUGAUGUUGGAGUCGGCUUUGAAAUUUCAAAGGGCAUUUGAGAGGUUAGAGGAGGAGGAUCCCAAGUAUAAAGUUGAGCUUGAGAAGUUGAAAGGGACUCCAAAGGAGUUGGACUGGUCUUAUGUGGAGUCUCUAGUUCCAUUUCUGAAGAUAUUUUAUGAUGCUACAAUGAAAGUUUCGGGAUCUUUGUAUGUCACAAGCAAUGAUCUCUUUCAUGUAGUAUAUGGAAUCGCUUGCAUGCUUAAAAAGGAAACUUCAUCUAAAGUGUAUGGUCAUAAAGUCAUGGCAAAGAGAAUGAAAGCUAAGCAUGACAAGUAUUGGGGCAAUUUGGACAAUAUUAACCCCUUGUUAUUUAUUGCUGUGGUUCUUGACCCGAGAUACAAGCUAGAAUAUGUGGUUUUUGCACUUGAUGAAGUUUAUGGGAAAGAUAAUGGGGGAGAUUGGACCAAGGAGGAGUUGCAUGAUAAGGUGAAGGGUUUUCUAGAUGACAUGUUCAAGAACUAUUCAGAAAUGAGAGGGGUUAUUUGUGGAAGUUCUUCAAGAAGUGGUGGGAGUGUAGAGCCAAAUGACGAGAACGAGGAGUGUGAAAAUGUUGAGGAUUAUCUGAAGAGAAAAUUUAAAAGAAAGAGAAUAGAAGACAGAGCAGGAGAAACUACUAUUUCGGAACUUGAGAGGUAUUUAAAGGCAAACAUUGAGGAUGAUGAGGAUAAGAAUUUCGAUAUCUUAGCGUGGUGGAAGAAGCACUCUAGUGAGUACCCGAUAUUGGGUUUGAUGGCUAAAGAUGUGUUGGCGAUUCCAGUAUAUACUGUUGCAUCUGAGUCCGCUUUCAGUACCGGUGGACGCGUUCUAGAUGCAUUUCGGAGUUCCUUGACUCCCUUGGUCGUUGAAAGUUUGAUUUGUGGUCAGAAUUGGCUUCGAUCGAGUACUCUUCCAAUUGAUAUGGAAGAGAAGUUUGAGGAAAUUGAAGAACUAGAGCAAGAGUUAAAGGAGUUUUGCUUGGAUGAUAGUACUAUCAUGAGUGAUUUGGUUGAUGAUGAUUGAAAGAUGAUAUAUUUGAUAUUAUGAGCGAUGUAUUUGAUGAAUUGUGAAAUUGCGUACUUUUUUACGUACUUUGCAUUUUGUUUAUUUGAUUUGGAUUUAUUGUAAGGUAACUUUGACUUUUUAGAUGUAAUUUGCAUUUUGUUUAUUUGAUUUGGAUUUAUCGUAAGGUAAUUUAGAUUUUUUAGAUGUAAUUUGCAUUUUUUUAUUUGAUUUGGAUUUAUCGUAAGGUGAUUUAGACUUUUUAGAUGUAAUUUUAAUUUUUUGGAAUUAAUUUUGAGUUUUUCGAAUUAAUUAGGAUUUUUUGGUAUAGGAAUUUGGACUAACUUAAAUUUUCUGGAAUUAGUUGGAAUUUUUGUAAUCAAACUUUUAUUUAUUG